AUGGAAACAUUUAAAUUGAUCAUUUUGGCUAAAUUAAAUUAGCUGAUUUUGAGUUAUCCUCUUAAUUAGCAUAUUAUGGCUGGCUUUGGCACAAAUUUAGGAAGACUUUUUAGAAGUCACUAGAAGUUUGUAUUACAAUUAACAUAGGGAAAAUAUUGAUAUGUUUUCCUUAAGUAUAAUAAUAAUUGAAUUGACAGAGGGUGACCUACUUGAUACGAAUAUCCAUCCAAUAAGGUAAUUAGUUUUGCUGCUAUUAAAAUAAUCCUCUUAACUUAUAGAUUGAUCAAAGUAAUUGGUCAGAGAAUUUAAUUAAAUUGUUAAAGAAGCUAUUUUUUUUAAUUUUUUUGAAUGGCAUUAGAGAUCUAUAGUAAGAUGUGUACUUUUCUAAAAGAUUGUAAUAAAAGAGAAUAUAUUUAAAAAUUAUUCUAAAAUUCAAAUAGCAAGUCAAAUCAUAUAAAUAAACAAGGAUAGAUAAUAAUUUUACUUCCCCUUAGAAUUCCAAAGAGUUCAAUUGA